CGCGGGUACUACAAAGAGGCCGGCCAAAAGGGGUAUUGAUGUCAAUAUUUCCUCCCACUGGUUAUAAAAGGGAACUUAAACGUUGGAGAACAGAUGAAAAAUAGUGCCAAGACCUGUUGACAGUGACAGCUUAUUGAUGGGCAGGAGAAACCACAUUUCCUAAUCUUCGAGAAUCGUCGUGAUAUAAAUUGCGUCCAGGUUUACCACUAGUUCAUAGUGCGAUUUCAUGGUGCAUCUCAGAGGACCUUGUUAGGAUAAGAGAAGAUCAACAAGAUGAAAACAACAACUUUUCUCGUCGUAGCAGCUAUCUUACUUUCUUUUAUUGUUGAGGAGAGUGACGGAAAAGUUACCACAGUUCUACAUCAUGGUCGCAUUAGAAGCCUUCAGAAAAAGCGGAGACGAACGGAGAAAAAGGGUCAACCAAAAGCAAAUCAGGAGGGUGGGAAUCAUACUAAGCAUGCCGGAUACCGAACUCAGAAAGUAGGAUAUUAUCUUGAAGUUUUUUGUUUUCUUUUAUAUAAGAUCAAGAGGAUAAUACUUUUUAAACAAAAUUUACUAGUUGUGCUAGCUUACAAAAAUAGGAAAUGCACUGAGUCAAAAACAAUUCUUUUUUACUUGUUUAGAAAUACACCAGAUGGCACGAGUCUCCAAGCUGGAUGACCGAGUGACUGAACAUCGCUCUUCAGUUGAGAUGCAAGUUUUAUGCGUCGACAAACAAGAAGUCAAGAUGCAGUUGAGAGACUGGUUUUCGUUUUUUAUACUUACACGAGUCCGACUAUACAUGAACGAUAUCAUAAAUUAAUCAUCCGAUUUUAGUAAAAUAGUACUUUUAGGACAUAAUAUUUUGCAAUUGUUUACUUCACGAGUUAUUUGCCUCAAUUCGACAUAAAGGCCUACGGAGAAUUCCAGUGGUCAGUUUUCGCCCAAGAUCUGCCUGCUGCUAUAAUAGGAUUAACUAUCCUCAAGAGGUAAAGCUGAUUACACUAUGAUAAAGCUUUCAAAGCAAGGCGUACAACCAGUUGAAUUGUACAUCAAGUUCACCAUGUAGUUUUAAACAAUUGCCAAUGACCAGGCGAUCAAAAGAGCAGUAGAAUCGUACCCAUGAGUUGACUGUGUAUAUAGUAAGUACCAUUUCACGCCUGAUUGCAUGUAAUUCCAACGCUUUUUCAUUUGUUAAGCCUUCGUCGUUGUAAGCUAUAUCAACGACAGCAGCUGUAAUAUAUAUUUGAGCUUUUUUUUUCUGAGAUGGAUCGCAG